GGGCCGGGCCGGGCCGGGCGGGUAGUGCCGGUGCCGCCCCCGUCCCCUCCGUCCCCUCCGCCAUGGCGGACCCCGGGCGGCCGCAGCGGAAGCUGUCCCGGGUCGGGGAGAGCCUCUACUGCGUCCUGGGCCUGCAGAAGGGCAGCUCCCCCGAGGAGAUCAAGAAGGCCUAUCGGAAACUGGCUCUCAAGUACCACCCGGACAAGAAUCCCGAUGACCCGGCGGCUGCCGAGCGGUUCAAGGAGAUCAACAGCGCCCACGCCACGCUGAGCGACCCAGACAAACGCCACCUCUACGACCAGUACGGCUCGCUCGGCCUCUACGUGGCUGAGCAGUUUGGCAACGAUGCCGUCAAGCACUACUUCCUCAUGUCCAAGUGGUGGUUCCAGGCCCUGGCUCUGUGCUGCGGUGCUCUCACCUGCUGCUGCUGCUGCUGUUGCUGCUUCUUCUGUUGCGGGACAUGCUGCCCGCCGAAGGAGGAUGAGCCCUACAAGUAUGUCGACCCCAAGGACCUGGAGGCGCAGAUGUCUGCAGAGGAGAGUGAUCCACAGAUUCCUGUUGUGGCGCAGCCCCCACCUGCUGGCACGGAGCCCUUGCAGGCUGCCAGCACUGGGACCAAUGCCUGAAGCUGGCCUCAGCCCCACCAGCUCCCCCAGGACUCCGGGCAAGGAUCCUCCUUUGGGACUGUCACUUUCUGGGACCCCGGUCACGCCACCUGGGGUGGCUCUUCAGCCUCAGGGUGGCUAGAAUCUCAGGUUAAUUUGGCCAGCAUCAAUGCAGAGGCUCUCCUGCCCCUGUGUGAGCUCCAGGGUCAUGCCCCUGGCUCCAAGCACUGGUGGUGGAGGCAGCUGGAGCCAUCCCCAGUGCCUCACCUGCCACUGUGGCAGGCACUGGCAGCUGGCCCCAGCACCUGCCAGCGGGGACCUCACCGUGCCAGGCUCUGCAACUCCCGAGAGGCAGCCGAGUGUCUCUGAGACCAUUAUCACUGUAACCUCUGGGCUGGGCUGAGCCCCCUCCCUGCCCUCAUGGGGGCCCUCCUGAUGGGUGCUGGGUGCCAAAUGCUGCUUGUGGGGUUGGGAUGUGCCCCCUUCCCCAUUGCUGUGCCACGGCCCCGGGGGGCUGGCCGUGCCCCACGCUGCUGGGAGGCUCCCUGCAGGGCUGGGCCCAGAACAGGCACUUUCCUUGGGUUUGUACAGGUUUUAUGGGCACCAUUAAAGGAUGUCAGGAGGGGA